AUGACGGAGCAGCCGGUUGGGUCGCCGCCCCAGUAUGGCCGCAUUCCUAGCUUCAAGAACUUUUUGCCGCUUUCGGAGGACGCGGUCAUGUCGACGCGUGGUCAGCACCUACCCGCCCUGCUACAACAGUCCUUGAGCUCUCGCGGCCAGGCCCAACGCCCGCCCAGCGUUCGCAGCGAAGACGCGUACACCGACAGCGGUGCUAAGGGGAGCGUCCCGCCAACCCCCGGCUAUCCCGACGACCGCAGAUCGAGCAUUGGGGGCGCGUCGGUGCUUCUGACGCCGCAAAUGCGCAGCCAGCGCCUGAUCGGAAACAGCAACCCGAGAUACAGAUGGGAACAAUACUGGAAGUCGGAAGAGGAGCUGAAGAAAUAUCCGAAGAAGAUCCGCCAGUACUAUGAGCGGAACAACGAGCUGAUCCAGCAAUAUGCCUUCAUCGACCGCCUGCUUGACUCGUCGCUUCCCCACAACCUCAUUCAGGAGUACAACACAGUGAACAUCCCCGAGACAAUCUCCGAGGAGUCCGGCACCGCGCCCCACUCCCCCUUCCUGGCCGGCCAGCAGUCCUCAGAAGACAGCACCAACUCAUCUGACGCCGUUGGCAACCGCAAGGUCAAACGCACGCCCAAGAACCUGUACAAGGUGCCCGAUGAGGAAACUUCCCCACUGCUAGGCGCACAGCACAAUGGCUAUGGCGGAAUCAGCGACGACGUGGAAGCAAACCAAUCGCGGAUGCCUGUGUACGAGCCCGAGGAGGAGAUGGACAGCCAGCACAGGAUCGUGACGAUUGCCAUCUACGUAAAUCUGGUUGCCAACACGGUGCUGCUGGCCAUGAAGAUCGUCGUGACGAUCUUGACCUCGUCGUUGUCCGUGCUUGCCAGCUUGGUCGACGCUGCGCUGGACUUUUUGAGUACCGCCAUCGUGUGGGUCACCACUCGCCUCAUCUCCCACCAGGACCGUUACUCGUACCCGAUCGGACGGAGCAAGCUGGAGCCCGUUGGCGUGCUGAUUUUCUCUGUGAUUAUGAUUACCGCCUUCUUCCAGGUGCUGCUGGAGGGUUUCCAGAGGUUCAUGGGCAAUGAACAGACCGUCGUCCGGUUGACCACGUCAGCGCUGAUUAUCAUGGCCGCCACCGUGGUCAUCAAGGGUCUUUGCUGGUUUUGGUGCCGCAUGAUCAAGAAUUCCAGCGUGCAGGCUCUUGCUCAGGAUGCCAUGACUGACGUUGUCUUCAACUUUUUCAGUAUCAUCUUUCCUCUCGUGGGCUACUACGCGCAAGUCUGGUGGAUGGACCCGCUGGGAGGUGUGCUGCUCUCUCUGUGGGUCAUCAUCAACUGGUCCGAGACGUCGGCAAACCACAUCAAGAACCUGACUGGUCGCGCCGCUUCCGCCGACGAGCGCAACAUCCUACUUUAUCUGUCGAUGCGUUUUGCCAAGACGAUCAAGCAGAUCCAGGGCCUGCAGGCCUAUCACUCUGGCGACAAGUUGAUCGUUGAGGCUGACAUUGUGGUUGACGAGAACAUCAACAUCAGAGAUGCGCACGAUCUAGGCGAGAGCUUGCAGUACGUGCUCGAGAGCGUGCCGACCGUGGACCGCGCGUUCGUGCACCUUGACUACGCUUCAUGGAACCUGCCAACGCACAUGUCGCAACACGACUAA